UUUGAGUACAGGAAAUCCGAUUUAGAAAAACGUGUUAUUUUACGUGUGAAUGAAAAUUGAUUGAACUACAAGGAUUAACCGUUAAAGGAUUAAUCCGGUUAAUCUUUAGAAGAGGUUAACAAUAAGUGCGAGUGCACUCUUUGACCUGUUUACACAUGAAGUGGUGACGUAACUGGUGCGCGCGCAUAUCACGGGGAGUUCGAGAUCAGCUGUAGAAGAAGCAAGAUGUACUUUGAUAUACUGCUUAAUAAAAGACCUCACGUGUGCUUUCCCUAAAGUUAAUGGUAAGCUAGGUUUGGUCUAAGUAAUAAUAGGGAAUACUUUAAUGGUGGCAGCGGUGUUUUAUUAAGCCGUUCCAGUGCAAUUGUUGCUGAAAUUCUGCAACUUUUGUUGGCAAAUUUUCCUCGAGAAUUUUCCCGCGUUUGAAGCCACAUUUUUUCGUCAAUUUUUGGCCAUUGUUAAUUUUCUUCUGGUCUUACCAGUUGAUUAUUUGAUUCUACGUCGUAGUCUCCAUGGACUGCCACUAGCCCGGCCCCUUCGUUUGCUUUUGUUUGUUUUUUGAGGCCUUUUCAGCGUCCUUAGCCACUUUUCGGACGGGAAGAGUAGCCGGACAGAAGACAAACAAGGUCGGUAGUUGUACAAUCAAGUUAAUCUUCUACUCAGGAGCAUUUGAUUUGUAAGCAUGGCCAGUAAUAAAGUGCUUGUAAACUUCUUGUCUGUUGAAGACUUGCAGACAAUUCCAAAUAUUGGCCCAAGGUUAGCAUCUACUAUUGUGGAUUUGCGUGAGCAUUAUGGCAAUCUCACACUAGAAAGUUUGCAGACAAUGCUUCGGCAUAAACUGCCGGACACUGUCAUGCAAGAGUUGGAUUUCACCCCAAACAGAGACUUGGUCGGCAACACCUGCCCACCUCCUCUAGGUGUACAAACAUCCCAUACCACCCCUCUUGUUUCAAAGAUUGAGACAGAGGUUGACGGGUUUGAGACCUUGGUUGCCUCUGCACAAAAGCAGUUGAAUGACCGCAUUGAUCAACUUACAUCAAUGCUACCUAGUGUCCCACAGCACUAUAAAUCUGAUCAUGCAUUGCCACGCCCCAGUGUUUACAAUCAGACAAAUGCCCCUGUUCCAAUGGCCUACCACUAUAUGCCAACACCACAACAGCUGAAACCCCAGUACCCCGUUCAACAAAGGUUGGACCUGGGUAGACUGCGAGAAAGCGACAGUGACGAGGAUGUCCAGUCAGCGUCUGGUAUCCCUCGCUCAUACAGUACCCGACAGAAAAAGGUACGUAUGCAUAAAAGCAGUCGGUUACCUCACUCCAAACUCCUGUCCCUUCACCGUCUUGAUUCAUCUACUGAUGAGUCCGACACUAGACAAGCCCCAAUGAUAAAGAGUGAGCAAGUCAAGUUACACUCCUCCUUACCUGAUAAGGACCAUAUUUCGCAAAAACAUGCGGAAUACCCCCAAGAGGUAGUACAGGUGUCCCCUCAUGGCCACUCUAUGCGCAAGGGUAGUCAUGCAUUGAAGGAUAUACCUAAAUCUCUGGUAUAUGAUGGUAAAUCGAGCUGGCAUUCAUUUGAAAUGAAGUUUCAGCAGUGUGCGCAAUCAUUUGGCUGGAGUACAGAUGAUUGUAAACUCUGCUUAUUACAUUGUUUGUCAGGGAAGGCACUCGACAAAUGUGCUCGAUUGCUUCAAUGCAGUCCACAAAUGCCUUACCGUUCUUUAUUGAGCAAACUUAAGGAGCGGUUCGGCUCAGAGUUUCCCGCCUCUGCCCAAGCCAAGUUCGCUGACGCUUCCCAGGAAAAAGGUGAGUGUAUGGAAGACUGGGCAGAUAGGGUACAAGAGUUAGCGGCUGAAGCUUUCCGGUCACUGCCGGAGACCUUCACAAACCAGCAGGCGGUAGACCGCUUCUGUCAAGGCCUGCAAGAUCGAGAAGCUGGUCAUAGCACCUUCAUGCGUAAGUAUACAACCAUCGAAGAGUCCAUGAACAACAUAAGGUUGUUUCAGCAUUCCAAGAGUGCUAUGAGUAAGAGUAAAUCUAUUCAUACAGUAGUAGAUUAUGACGAGGAUAUAGCAAAUGUUUACGCCGUUCAGAAUCCUUCUGGACCUGCGUUAGACAUGAGCGUUCUCAAGAGAGAACUACAGAGUCUGCGAGAAGAGGUGAAGCGGCUUGGAAAAGCUAGGCCCACUCAACCGCGUAGCAGACAGCAGCGUUUCAACCGUCCGCGAGGUACGUAUGGCUGUUACAUUUGUGAUAGUAAGUCGCACUUGAUCGCUGAAUGUCCCCACAAGAAGGACUUUAAGGCGUUUGUUUUAAACGCAAAAGGGUCAGGAUAGGGAGCCAAUCCUUGACCCAAGAAUACUCCGGCUCAAACCCAGAACAGCGAAACGAGGUAUGUAGCAAACUUGUUUCUAAUGAGACCGUACCAUCCAAUUCACUACCAGACGCCCCGUCUGCAGUCAUUGUUUCAUUAAAUGAGACCACAAAUGACAUACAGUCAGAAGAACAAGGCGAAACACCUUCUCCUUGUUUGACACCAGGUACUCUGCCAGCUGAUGGUACAGUACUUGCCCCUCCUGUCAAGGUUUGUUUGUUGAAAUCCAUAUCAGCAUUAGCAAAACCGGUAUGCGAGUUUGUUCUGAAUUGCGACGUGUCGGACAAUGUUGUCAGUGCGAAGCUCUUGCAAAUUCAGAAUGGUACAGAACAUGUCAUUGCCUAUGGCAGUUACAUCCUAACGGAAGAAGAGCAGAAAUACUGCACUACGAGAAAAGAGCUGUUAGCAGUUGUAAGAUUCACUCGGCAGUAUAGACAUUAUUUGCUUGGUAGACCUUUUAAGGUCCGGACCGACCACUCAAGUUUGACUUGGUUGUUAAAUUACAAAGAACCGCAGGAUCAGUUAGCUUGUUGGAUUGAGGAAUUGGCUCAGUUCAACAUGGUCUUGGAGUGCCGAUCAGGAAAGAAGUCACAUCCUGGUCACUGCAAUUCAUAUGUAGCUGGAGUUGCAGUUGGAGAUCUUCCUUGCGGUGGUUGUAAUUAUUGUGUGAGGGCUGACAACCAAUGUGGUUCAUUUUCCCGGAAGGUAGAUGUAGUUCCGAUGACAGCGCAGAAGGCUGAGGUUGGGGAAGGUCGCGCCUUCGUGAACCCAGCAUCCGGGAGCGUCUGUCAGGGAGUGGGGGCUACAGCCACAUUGGGUAGUACACAACUGGCACAUAGUAUCUCGUGGCCGGAGGGCUCAAUGAUACAGAGUGAGAUUGUGCACAGGGGAUCAGCGAGUGCUCAAUACAUUACAGAGCAACAACACCAUGUCUGUGACGACAGUGGCAAGCUGGUGGACAGAGUGGGCUCUCAGCAAAUAGCUGUCUCUGAAGUAGCCGUUUCAACUGAGCCUGAUACUCAGGCUUCUCCGACAACAGCAGAAAGCAGGACAUGGGAUCCAGGGGGGCAUGAAGUAUCAAUGACAGCCAACGCUUAUAGUCAGCGGCUGUAAGCAGUAUCCUGAAAUACAGGAUUAGCUGCCUUCCUUUUCUUCUAGGUGGGAGGGGGAAGGUGAAGUAGAUGGGUUUACAAAAGUUAAGCCCAUAACACCUAGUUGCAGUUGGUUACUUCAAGUAGCCUCAACCAGAAGUGCUGGAAGAAAAUAUUUACUGAUGUAGAUAUUUUGGUAGACGUCGGCAGCUCGUUCAACUUACUGGUUGGACCUAGCCCUAGCAGUGAUCUUGUCAGAUACUUAUGACUUGAUCAGCCUUCUACAGACCCCGGUGCCGUCCCAACAAAAGAAACAGGGGGAGAGUGUAGUGCGAGUGCACUCUUUGACCUGUUUACACAUGAAGUGGUGACGUCACUGGUGCGCGCGCAUAUCACGGGGAGUUCGAGAUCAGCUGUAGAAGAAGCAAGACGUACUUUGAUAUACUGCUUAAUAAAAGACCUCACGUGUGCUUUCCCUAAAGUUAAUGGUAAGCUAGGUUUGGUCUAAGUAAUAAUAGGGAAUACUUUAUUAUUAUUAUAUAAAUAUAUAUAUAUAAUUUUUUUUUUUUAAUAUAUCGAAAUAUAUCUUAAUUAACUUUAUACCUGUACAAUCAUUAAACAGUUAGACACAACAUAUAUCAUCGUCACAGACGUUUCGAUCAUUAAAUAAUAACCAAUUACAUGUAUCUACAAUAUCAAGUGCUGUAUAACUACAAGUUAUAUAUAAAUAAUUAACUUUAUAUACAUGUACAAUCAUUAAACAGUUAGACAUGGUGCAACAUAUAUCAUCGUCACAGAGGCUUUUGUCAUAAAAUAAUUUUUAUAACUUUAUACAUUACAAACAUGGUAACAAAUUAUUUGACAAAUACAAUAGAUGAAUUGUAUGGUUGCAAAACAUACAUAUGACUAUAAACAGUUCAUAUUUUUUUCUAUUUUCAGGUUGCAGUUCUCACCUUGGGAGUAUACAUAUAUACAUGUAAAUACAAAUCUUAAGGUGUGGACAUGCCAUUCAUCAAACUCAUAGGAGAUUAAGAGAGCAUCAUAAAAGAACAACAAAAAACAAUGGUAUGAUUGUAUGCACAAGUAAGUUUACAAUUCCAUUUCGUAUUUAACGUAUACAGAGUAAUUAGUCAAUUUACUAUUGUUUGUAUUGUAUUAGUUUGCUACAGAAAAUUGCUACAUUUCUUAAUUCGGAAUCAUGUAUUUUAAGCAUCUGUAUUAAUUUAACAAAACUUGGUCUAGAUAAAUAAUCUCUAUGGAUAAAUUUCUUUCUCAUUUGUUUAAAUACAAUGCAUUCGAAAAUAAAAUGAAAUUCAUCUCCUAACUUGUUGCAUAUGUUACACUUUCUUUCGUAUAUUGGGAUGUUAUGCCACCUGCCCGUUUCAAUUGGUAGACGGUGGUUUCUAGUGCGAAAUGCCAUAAAUGAUUUGCAUAAGUGUGCUGGUAGUAUAUCUAUAUAUUUUUCUCUAUUAAAUUCAGUUUUUAAAUGUUUGUAUAUAUUUGUGUUUGUUGAUCUUUCAAUGUCACUAUACCAACGUUGGAUAAAUAUGUCUUUGAAUUUUUGUGCUGAAGAUUUGAUUAACCAUUUACUGCUAAUAAAGCUUUGGCUGUACCAUAUUCCUGAGUAUCCACUAUGACAAAGUAUUGUUUUGAUGUUUUCUAUCCAGGGUAUUUUUAAGUGAUUUGUUGAAUGAUAGUGGUGCAAGACUUGGUAGAGUUUUGAUGAUAGUUUUGUGGUACUGUUAUUGUUGAUAUUGUCCAUGACUCGUGUCCAAUAUGAUACCAUUCUACUUUGAAUAUCAACUGUCAAAGGUGUUACACCUAAUUCUCCGUAUAUCAUGUAUGAUGGUGUGGAUUUUUUCAGCGCAAAUAUGUAUUUGUAAAAUUUAAGCUGUACUCUCUCAAUUAUAUCACAGUUUCCGAUGCCCCAUAUUUCACUGCCAUAUAGGAGUAUUGGUUUUAUUGUUUUGUAGAAGAGUUCAAUUUGUAUAUCAUAUGGUAACGAGUGUGUUUUGAUUUUUCUAAGUAGGCCAAACAUGGCUUUGGUUGCUUGGUCAGCAAUAUAGCGUUUUGUCUUAACAAAGCUUCCAGAUCUGGUAAAAUAUAGUCCUAAAUAUUUAUAUUCAUCAACAAUUUCAACCACUUCUGGGCCUAUCUUAAAUGACAGAUUUUUUUGUUUGUGUCCUUUCGAAAUGAUCAUAAUUUUUGUUUUAUUUACAUUUAUAUUUAAUUUCCAAUCCUUGCAAUAGUCUUUAAAACUGUCGAGAGCAUUUUGUAGGUCCGAUUGAUUAUUAUUGAAUAUGACAGUGUCGUCCGCAUAAAGUAAGAUAAAUAGUUUCAAGUAUAUGUCUGCUCCAUUAUGUACUUGUAUACCAUUCACUCCUUUAUUUUCAAGGAAGUUAUGGAGAUCAUUCAGAAAUAUGCUGAAUAGGAACGGUGAUAAAUUUUCACCCUGUCGUACUCCAACCAUACAGUUAAAAAAUGCUGAUGAGCCUUCUGAAGUGAUCAUUUUUGACUUUAUAUUUUUGUACAUACUACGAAUAACAGUAAAGCAUUUUCCAUUUAUGUUUUCAUUUGCCAUUUUUUGCCACAGUCCUAUUCUCCACACAGAGUCGAAUGCUUGUUUAAAAUCAACAUAGCAGCAGAAUAAUUUCUUCUUUUCUGCAUGAACUAAAUCAAUGAGACUUUUGAGUAUAAAAAUGUUGUCUACUGUUGAAAAGUUCUUUCGAAAUCCAGCCUGCGUUUCAUGAAUAGUGUUGUAAUUUUCAGCGUAUUUAUUUAGUCUGUUGUUUAUGAGGCAUGUGAAUAGUUUUCCAAAUGAGCUUAAUAAUGAGAUUGGUCGAUAGUUUUCAGGUAGCUGUGGGUUUCCCUUAUUUUUAUAUAUUGGUUUUAUUAGUCCUAUUGUCCAGUUUUCGGGAACGAUUCCUGUAUCAAGUAUAAUGUUGAAAAGUUUUACAUAUAUAGGGAUCAUGAUGUCUAGUGAACAUUUGAUGUGUUCAUUUACUAUGUUAUCAAUGCCUGGGGCUUUACUAUUCUUAAGUUGUCGGACCGUUUUUCGGAUCUCAUCCUCAGUGAUGGGGUUGUUGAUUUCAUAAUUGAUGUUGUUGAUAUUGUUGUUGUUGUUGUUGUUUGUGAUAGUGUCUUCUUCCGUAGUUUCAUUUUCAUUGUGUGUGUUUGUAUAACUAUCUGUUUCAUUAAGUGUUUUGAAGAAAUUGUAAAAACUAUCUAAGGAAGCUGUUGGUGAUUUGCCCUUGUUUCCACUGUUAAGUAUUUUCCAAUAUUGUUUCGGAUUUUUAGUUUUAAGUUGCCUCAAUCUUUCUACCUUUGUUUCACUGUGUUUGUUUCUUGCUUUUCUGAGAGUGCAUUUGUAUUCCUUGCUUACUGAUUUCAAUAACUCCUUUAGUGCCUGUGUUUUGUAUUUAUUGUAUGCUCUUUUUGUUUUGUGGUACUUAUUUCUGGUAUUUAUACAUGUUGAGUCAAACCAUGGAUUUCUAUAGUUAUAUGUGUUUUCUUUAGCAAUCUUAGUUUUCACUGUGCCAAAUGUUACCUUGGAACAAUCUGUAUAUAAAUGUGCAAUAUCAUCUGUGAUGUUAUUAACUGAUGUCUGAUCAAUAUUGUGUAUAGUUCCUAAAUUAUCAAGUUUCAUCUCCAUUUCAGCUACUUUUGUCAGAUCUAUAUUGUUGCUAAAUAGUUCUGAUUUUUCCUGGUCCCAGUAUUUAAUUUUAGUUGUUGAGUCUUUGUUGGCUUUCGUUUGUGUAUCUGGGCUGUUGGUAUAUUUAGAUUUAAGCUUAAGCUCUACUGGGCAGUGUACAUCGGAAAGAAGGGAACAAAAAUCUAGAAUUUUGAGCUCUAUAACAUUUUGAAAUACAUCAGAUGUAGAUGUUACGGGAGACCACUCUCGACAGCAAAUUCAGGUGUUCGGCAGUUUCCGUGGGUUAAACGGUGAGAGAGUCCAAACUUACCCGUCUACUUCCGUACUUGUGUUGUUUUCGUUGGAAAUGAUGAUGCGGGAAGUUUUGUCUUCAAAUGAGUUAUGAUCAACAAACGAAUAGAUCGUUCGAUUGAAAUUACAGAAACAUACACUACUACUGACUGACAGGGAUAUAUCCUGUCGGCAAAGGAGCUGGUCAUGGACCUUUGCCGUCCUUUAUCCAGAGCCUUUGCCGUCCUUUAUCCAGAGCCUUCCACAGCGAUGGCAGAUAUAUCGCUGCUUGGAUCAACACUUGACCACGCCGUUGAGUCCAGGAUCUCAGUGGCAGCCAUGACAACAUCAACAGAAUGACAUCUGCAUACAUUUUGCACCUCUUCCUUGUGCUGUCAGAUUGAAACAUCUCUACUCUGACAGAAUGAAGUAAAUGAAUCCCCAGGAUUGUUCCUCAGGAAAAUCUCUUCAACCGGCUGUUGACAGUUUGCAUGCUCUUUGGAUGGAAUUACCUUAGCUUGGCUUGCAGAGAAUCUGUUACUUAAAAAAACUGGGCUGCUUUGUGUUAUUGAUUUAUUGACCUUAAAUGUAUUUUAUAUGUAUUUUGCCACUAUUGUAGAAAACAAUGGGCAUAUACACUAGCAUAUGUUUGCAAACAGACACAUUUUAUUUUUGUAAAUAUCUUGAAAAUACAUUUGGUAGGUUGACCUCAGACCAUGAAAGAUUAAUGGUAGGUUAUCUUUGACCAGAACAUGACCAGUAUUGUUAUUGAAAUUUGUUGGUCAAAGGUGAUGGUCAUGGCAAACAGUGGUUAUUCUGCACAAUGAUUCUUAAAUUAUUUGACCUUAUACCAUUGAUAUUUAGUGAUUGAUAUAUCAGUCCAACACAUAUGUAACAGGGUCCUGCUGAAAUUCAGCAAGAGCUUAUUAGCAUUGCAAAUCAUUAUUCGUGCAUGUAACUGUUAAUACUAUUACGCUUUGUGUCAGAAACUUGACCAUCACAAAUUAGGGUCAUUGUUGAUCUUAUCUUGUUUCAUUAUUUUGCAUGUUUUGUCUCAGAAGCAUUCUUCAUUUAAGAUUAAACAAUAGAACAGAUCUCAAUUGUGUGAAAAACUGCUGAAAAUUUUAAUUUUCUUAAAGCGUCUAUAAGUAACUUUUGUAGCCAUAAAACAUCAAUUAUCAAUUCAAGGGGGUGAAAGCAAAAAGGUUCUAUCUGCUUCUUUAUUUAAUGUCACUUGGAACCUUUUUGCAUUCGCCCAUGUUAUUGGAAAUUUAAGAAAAAACUCUGAUCUUUUGAAAGCAGUCAUAUAUAUCACUGUUUUCUAGACAUCUAGCAAAAAAUACCUCAUUCCAAGACAAUUAAGAUGUCAAAUCAGUUGAUCCGGCUGUGAAAGAGCAGCUUUAAACAAAGACUAUAUGAUACGUUAUGUUUCAGAGCCAAUGUUUUUGUAUAAUUAUAUAAAAAGUUUUGCAUUUACAUGUUAUUAAAUCUGUGUAAUUUA